CCACUGCGCCGCCUAGCGGCCGCCGCGGGCAGCAUCCUUGAAGGCUCGGCUUGUUAAAUCCUUCGGUCGAGUGCAAGCUCCUUACGGGCGGAGGCUGUCUCUCCUCAGCCCUUCUCCAUUGCGCUGAGGACACUGCCCGGGGGCGGAACCAAGGGCUGGAAGCGCAGUCCGAGGCGGGAACAGUUUGAGCGCCGCACGCAGGAGCGCCGGAAGAGGAUUGCGAAAGCCCGGAUCGCGACCGAGCGGACUCAGGAUGGAGACGGAAGCGCUUCAGGGUCCCCAAGCAGCCGCAGCCGCAGCAGCCGCCCCUGAGCUUGCGCCCGGGCUGGGAGGGGGCGCUGUGCACUGGGGGGAGCCGAGCGGGGCGCAGCCCCCCGAGGCCCCCCAGAGCCGGGUCCCCCCCCAGACCGAGGAGGAGGAGGAGGGCCAGGAGGAGCCCGGCGUCCGGGCCAUGCUGCGCGCCGUGGCCGGCAGCCGCAUCCCCGUGCAGAGCCAGCAGAAGGACGAGCCUGACUUCACCGAGCGGGAGAAGGUGGCCAUCCUCGGCCGCCUCUACCGGGAAAAGCCCCUGGUCUUCCUGGAGCGGUUCCGGAGCAGCCUCCGGGAGGAGCACCUGGCCUGCUUCCAGCACCUGCGCGGGGACUACCGGGCCGACUUCUACUGCGCAGAGGUGCUGCGGGGGGGCGCCGGCCGGGACAGGGCCUCCCGCACCCGGCUCAGGAACAGGCGCUAUGCAGCCCUGCAGGAGCUCAUCCGGGGUGGGGAGUAUUUCAGCGAUGAGCAGAUGCGGGCCCGGGACCCCCUGCUGUAUGAGCAGUACAUCGGACAGUACCUGAGUGAGGAGGAGCUGGCUGCCCGCUCCCCAAGGACCCUGGCCCCCGAUGGCUGCCCUCUGGCCAACCUGCUCCUCCAGUCCUACCAGGAGGGGCUGCUGCAGCGACGGCUCCUCCAGCAGCAGGAGGAGGAGGAUGCUUGCCUGGAGGAGAACGAAGAUGAGGAGGAGGAUGAAGAGGAGGAAGAAAAUUCCGGGCCGGGACAGGAGGAGGAAGCCUGGGUGCCUGACUCGGAGGAGAAGGUUAUCCUGAGGGAAGAAUUCACCAGCAGGAUGCACCAGCGCUUCUUAGACGGCAAGGAUGGAGACUUUGAUUACAGUAAGGUGGAUGACAACCCAGAGUUUGACAACUUGGACAUUGUGGCUCAGGAUGAGGAAGAGCGGUAUUUCGAUGACGAGGAGCCCGGGGAGGCGCUGAGCACAGAGCCCGACGAGGACUAGGACCGAGGCCCCAGCCUGGCCCUCUGCUGGGCACAGCCAUCCCCACCUGUAACGUGAAUGCUGAGGAACGGCUGCGUGUGGCGCUUGUGUGGGCCCCAGGAUCCUUCUGUCCCUGGCCCUACCUUUGGCAAGGCCACCCUCGUCACAACAGAACUGGCCUCCGAGGAAUGGAGUUUGCCCCCAGCUCCCCUCUAGUCCCCAACCACAGCCACAACUUUCCCUUCCUUCACUUCCUCCUGCCCUGUUUACACUCCCCAAAUACUUGCAGCCUGUUAUCA